AUGACACCACACUCACUAAUUCUCAUCAUACUGGCUGCCUUCUCCAGAGGUGGCCUCUCACAGAUUGUCCUGACCCAGUCAGAUGAAUCACUGAAGAAACCAGGAGAAUCCCAUAAAUUGACUUGUGCUGUCACAGGAUUCAAUGUUAACAGCAAAUGGAUGAAUUGGAUCAGACAGAAACCUGGCCAAGGACUGGAAUGCCUUGUUUCCUACUACACAUCUAGUGACAACUCUUAUUCACCAACAAACCAAGGACGUUUUACUGCCUCCAAGGACAGUUUCAACUUCUAUCUGCAAAUGAACAACCUAAAAGCCGAAGACACAGCUGUCUAUUACUGCACAGGGUUCAACUCAAGGUGCAAAUCUCAUUCCUUUUUCACAAUGACACUCCACUCCUUAAUUCUCAUCAUGCUGGCUUCCUUUUCUAGAGGUGGACAUUCCCAGGUUGUCCUGACACAGUCAGAUGCAGCACUGAAUAAACCAGGAGAAUCCCAUAAAUUGACUUGUGCUGUCACAGGAUUCAAUGUUAACAGCAACUGGAUGGGUUGGAUCAGACAGAAACCUGGCCAAGGACUGGAAUGGAUUGUUUACUAUUACUCAUCUAGUAACAACUAUUAUUCCCCAACAAUCCAAGGACGGUUUACUGCUUCCAAGGGCAGUUCCAACUUCUAUCUGCAAAUGAACAACCUAAAAGCCGAAGACACAGCUGUCUAUUACUGUGCAAGAGACACAGUGAAAUAG